UUCUAGCACAUCAUGUCUAAAUGAUAGCAGAGAAAGAAUAUAAUAGUUCUUUGGGUGCAUUUAUCAUUGAAAAAGUUGCAUACCAGUCUUUGAAAGCCAGUGAUUGGAACCUUGAAGGAGCAUUUGAUGUAUUCUACAGCCAUCCUCAUGUUUAAACAGUAACUGACACCACAUUUGAGGAACUUUAUGACAGAUAUAAAGAUCCAUAUGCUGAUAUGAUUAUGGUCGAUGGUAUAACACUUCUCUGCGAUGACAUUCAGGUGGAUCCUCAAGAUAUAGUUAUGUUAGUUGUUUCAUGGCACAUGAAGGCUGCAACAAUGUGUGAAUUCUCCAAGCAGGAAUUCAUUGGUGGAUUAGAAGCACUGGGGAUAGAUUCUCUGGAUAAGUUCCGUGAAAGGAUUCCGUAUAUGCGUUCUGAACUCAAAGAUGAACAAAAAUUCCGUGAUAUAUACAACUUCGCAUUCAGCUGGGCAAAAGAAAAGGGUCAGAAGUCUUUGGCAUUGGAUACUGCAAUUGGCAUGUGGCAAUUACUGUUUGCUGAGAAGAAGUGGCUAUUGGUUGAUCACUGGUGCCAGUUCUUACAGGCUAAGCAUAAUAAAGCAAUCUCCCGGGACACAUGGACUCAACUAUUGGAAUUCACAAGGACAGUGGAUCCUGCACUAUCAAAUUAUGAUGCGGAAGGUGCCUGGCCGUAUCUUAUUGAUGAAUUUGUCGAAUACUUGAACGAGAAUGGCAUUUUGCAAUCGCGAUGAUGAAACUACUGCUCUGGUGAAUUAUGCAAUGAAGCAAAGUCAUCUUUCUUCAGUGUGUUUUUUGUUGUGCUGCCCUGUGAUAUCAGUUUAUGGUUAUUUUGAAAAAAAAAAAAAAAAAACUGAUAAACCCUAAAAAUUUGUUAUAGUUAAAGACACUUUAUUCUGUCAUGACAAUUGGUACACAACUUUUCCAGUGAUAGGAUUGUUGAUAUGGUAUAUGCAUUUUCUUGUGGAAUAAAUGGCAAGCCUUCCCUGCA